AUGUCUAUCCCAAAAACUCAAAAAGCUGUUAUUUUCGAAACCAACGGUGGUCCAUUGCUUUACAAGGACAUUCCAGUCCCAAAACCAGCUCCUCAUGAAUUAUUGAUCAACGUCAAAUACUCAGGUGUCUGUCACACUGAUUUACACGCAUGGAAGGGUGACUGGCCAGUACCAACCAAAUUACCAUUAGUUGGUGGUCAUGAAGGUGCCGGUGUUGUCGUAGCCAUGGGUGAAAACGUCAAAGGUUGGAAAAUUGGUGAUUAUGCCGGUGUCAAGUGGUUGAAUGGUUCUUGUUUAAACUGUCAAUACUGUAACCAUACUGAUGAACCAAAUUGUGAUGACGCAGUAUUAUCAGGAUAUACCCAUGAUGGUUCAUUCCAACAAUAUGCUACUGCAGAUGCAGUUCAAGCUGCCAGAAUUCCAGCAGGUACUGAUUUGGCAGGAGCUGCACCAAUUUUAUGUGCUGGUGUCACUGUUUACAAAGCCAUUAAGACUUCUGGGUGUAAGGCAGGUGACUGGAUCGGUAUUUCUGGUGCUGCUGGUGGUUUAGGUUCCCUUGCUGUCCAGUACGCUAAAGUUAUGGGAAUGAGAGUUGUCGGUCUUGAUGUCGGAGCAGAAAAGGGAGAAUUCGCCAAGUCUAUGGGUGCAGAAGCUUAUGUUGAUGUUAAAGCUGAAAAGGAUGUCGUUGCCGCAGUUAAGAAGAUUACUGAUGGUGGUCUCCAUGCAAUCAUUAACGUUUCGGUCUCCCCUGCUGCUAUGCAACAAUCCGUUGAACUUGUUAGAAAGAAGGGUGUAGUUGUCCUUGUUGGUUUACCACAAGAUGCCUCAAUUAAUGUUCCUGUCUUUGAUUCCGUUUUUAGAACUAUCGAAGUCAGAGCUUCAUAUGUUGGAAACAGAGCUGAUACCUUUGAAGCUAUGGAUAUGUUCUGCCGUGGAUUAGUUAAGUGUCCAAUCAAGAUUGUUGGUUUAAGUGAAUUACCAGGGGUCUACAAGUUAAUGGAAGAAGGAAAGAUUUUGGGUAGAUACGUUCUUGACACCUCAAAGUAG